GUACCCGCCCGAGUACCUUAUACGUACCUAAAAGUACUUUAAGGUACUUCAGUACCCGAAAGUUCCUGUGACAUACUGGUAGCAGGGUACUUUUUCAGGUACCCUUAGCUCAGUACAUUCACUAGGGUAAACACACUUUGCUUAAAAGACCACAAGGUUAAACGCGUGUGUAUAGACUAAUUUCAUGGUGAAAAAGUUAAUAGAUAUCAAAACUAAAGAAAGGAUAAUAGUUUUAGUGUUUUACUGUGAAAAAUUACCAGCAAACAAAUUCGAUUUGUAUUCCCCAACAUUUUAUGAUUUUUAGACAACAAUCUUUGAGAUCACAUUGACACACAAUAUUCAUGAUCAAUAAUUUUCGCAAUACUCUCUAAAAUAAAAGUCGAAGUAGUUUCGUUUAAUCUGCCAUUCUUGAGUUCGCUAUUUUUACAUAAGUAUAAAUACAUAGUGCUAGCCAUUUUCUAUCUACGGUUAGAUUAUAAAAUAUUUUUAGAUAAAUCAAUUUUUAGUAGUCACUUAAAGAGAAUAAGUUAUUUCCGUAUUGUUUGUUGAUUUAUAUUUUUAAAAUAAGGAAGUUGUUGAAUUGCGAUAAAAAAAAUGAGGAUGAAGAACAAGUUUUUUUGAUUUACACAAGUGUGAAGGCUAAACGAACAUCCUUUAGCAAAUAGAAAAUACUUCCGACAUAAUCAUCAUACACAACAACAACGAUAAAGAAGAAAAUUAUGAAGGUGUAUUGUUGUUGUAGUAGCAGUAGAAGAAGAACACAUUUUAGAAAAAUGUUUGGUAUACAACAUAUUGGGUGGCUGUUAUCUAAACACAAUAUAAAUAGAAACCAAAAAUAGCAAUAAAAAAUGUUUAUUGGUAAUAAAAAAUAAGUACUGUUCGAAAGGGAUGAAAAAAACGAUCUGGAAGAGAAAUAGUGUCUGAAUCAUGAAACUCCACUUGCAUUUCCAGCUUCAUUAUGAAUGUAAAGACAAUAUCAUGCUGUCCGUUCGUCGUUGCCUAAAUGACUUAUCGUCCUUCGUUUUCUAACUACAUGUGCAUAUAUUAAUAAAAUGUUCAAAAGUAAACAGACUAUACAUCAGAAUGACGACAAACAUUUAAUCAAGCAUCUUGUCUAACGUAUAACAUGGUGGUCACUAAUUUUCUCGAUUAAUAUUUGGAAUAAAACAGUCUAGAGAUGAUUAGAAUAAUUGUAAUCUAUAUUAAAAUACGUUGAUAAAACUUCAUAGCUCAAACGUUUGAUAUAGUGCGGAUUGGCACGAUUCAAUUCAUUCAUAAAGCCCUUUGCUCUAUCUUUUUUAGUAUCGUAAAUCAUUAGAUGUGUAUGUGACAUUAUCUAAUAAUUUUCAUUUGUGUUCAUAUGUCAUAAGUAAAAAAGAAGAAAAAAAGAAUAUUAUCAUCAGUAAUAUAUAAAAUGAGCAAAAAUUAUAAUCGUUUUCCUUUUUAUUAUUGUCAUAAGAAAAUCGAAGUGUUCAAGUGUAUGACAAAGAAAUAAAACUUUUCAGCAUGCUUAUUUUCCUAAAAAAUAUUUGUAGAAACAAAAAAAAGUAUAGUGUGCCUUUCUCUAUACAAUCCAAUCACUAUCGCCUACGAUAAUUAUAUCUCUCUAUCAGUGUGAACAAAAUGUAACAGUUCAAAAUCCUCGAAAUCAUUCUUAUAGUUUUCUCAUUUUAUUAUCAUUAAUUCUAUUCAUCAAAAUCAUAAAUUUUUAUUUGUGCUAAAAAACGACAUUUAAUUAAUUCAUUAAUUAAUGAACAUAUUUAAAAAAGUAUAAAUUGUCACGUAUUCAAUUAUUAUGGAUAUUCAUCUUAAUAAAAGUCUUGGCACAUUCUAUCAAAAAAUAACAAAUUUAUUUACACAGUCCAAAACAAAUAACAUUGAACUAAGUUCACCGGCACCAGAUUCAACAUCAGCUAUACUCUUUAACAAGUAUCCAUCUUUUGUAACAUCGUUAUCGAAACCAUUGAGCAAACAACAUCAACGACGUUCACUUGGAUUAAAACAACAACAACAACAACUCAAUGUCAGUAGUGGUUCUCAAUCAACACGUACAUCCUGCUCGACAUCGUGUGGAUCGUACAAUUCCCUAUCACAUGUAUCAGAAAACAAACAAGCGCCGCUUACAUCCAGUACUAAUUCUUCAACUGGUAUCACAACAUCUCCUAUCUACAUACAAUCAAAUAUUAUGCUACAUAGCACAUAUGGUGAUGAGCGGAAACAACAGCAACAUCAAUUUGUUCCUGGUAUGGACAGUGAUGAAUUUCGUCGUCGUGGUAAGGAAAUGGUUGAUUAUAUUGCUGAUUAUAUUACUAAUAUUAGUGCACGACGAGUUACACCUGAGGUUGAACCCGGUUAUUUACGCCCAAUGUUGCCAAAAAAUGCACCCGAUGAACCUGAACCGUGGGACGAUAUAAUGAAAGAUGUUGAAACAGCCAUAAUGCCUGGUAUAACACAUUGGCAACAUCCACGUUUUCAUGCCUAUUUUCCAGCUGGAAAUAGUUAUCCAUCAAUAUUGGGUGAAAUGUUAUCAGCUGGCUUAGGUAUUGUUGGCUUUAGCUGGGCUGCAAGUCCAGCAUGCACAGAAUUGGAAACAGUCAUGCUUGACUGGCUUGGACGAAUGAUGGCAUUACCAAAAGUAUUUUUACCGUUCGAUAUCAAUCGUGAUUAUAAAGAUAGUGAUGACGAUGAAACAAACUCGGACUCAGAGUCAUAUGAAUUAAGUGAUGUUGAUAAGGAUGAUACUGUGGAUGGUACAGUUGAAGAUGGAUUAAUGAUGAAUGGAAAGAAAAGUAGACACAAAGCUAGUGAAUGUGUACUAGUUGCCAUGUUAUGCGCCCGUGCAAAAAAAGUUGCUAGUCAACGUUUAAUAGAUCCACAUAUUGAGGAUGGACAACUGUUAUCAAAACUAGUGGCCUAUACAUCAAAACUGGCACAUUCAUGUGUUGAAAAAGCCGGUCUAAUUGCGGUCAUCAAAGUUCGACAAUUGUAUGUUGAUGAUCAUUAUUCUUUACGUGGUAAAACCUUGGAAGAAUCAAUAAAAGCAGACAAGGAAAAAGGAUUAAUACCAUUUUUUGUAUCUGGUACACUUGGUACAACAUCAUGUUGUUCAUAUGAUAAUCUUGAAGAAAUUGGUGAAAUAUGUCGUCGAGAACAAUUAUGGUUUCAUGUUGAUGGCGCCUACGCUGGAAGUGCAUUUAUUUGUGAAGAGUUUCGGUAUCUGAUGAAAGGCAUACAUUAUGCGGAUUCAUAUAAUACGAAUCCAAACAAAUGGUUAUUAAUAAAUUUUGACUGUUCGUGUUUUUGGGUGCGAGAUAAAUUUGCAUUGGUAAAUGCAAUGUCUGUUGAUCCACUCUAUUUACAACAUAAACAUGCUCAAAAGGCAGUUGACUAUCGUCAUUGGGGUGUUGCGCUUAGUCGUCGUUUUCGUGCGUUAAAAUUAUGGUUUACAAUUCGUAAUUAUGGUGUAACUGGUUUACGUCAUUAUGUUCGGGAGCAUUGUCGUUUGGCUAAAGUUUUUGAAGGGUUAUUGAGAAAAGACCAUCGUUUUGAAAUAGUUGGGGAUGUAACACUUGGCUUAGUCUGUUUUCGAUUAAUAGGAAGCAACAAACUUAGUCAAAAAUUGUUAUUAUCAUUAAAUGAUUCCGGUAAAAUUCAUAUGGUUCCAUCAAUGGUCAAUGACAUUUAUAUCAUUCGAUUUGCUGUUUGUUCAAAAGAUGCUACUGAUGAUGACAUGCGUGUUGCAUUUGAUAUAAUACAAUCACAUGCCAAUGAUGUUAUACAAGAAUAUAAAGCAAUGCGCGGUGGACGUCUGUCAUCCACGUCCAGUGAUUCUCUUGAUUUAUUAUCGAAAGUACCGCCACCUACAACGAUAAUUGGUGAAACACCUGAACUCGUCACAAGCGUCACAGCUGAAACAAAUAUACCUGAUCAAAUAUUAACAAAUUCAACGGCUGCCGUUGUCCCAUCUACCCAUCAACAACAGAAACCAUCAACACCAACAAAACACAAAUGA